AUGGACAUCUCGCAACAAAAAAGAAACCGUAAGGUUAUUAAACAAAGCAUAACAAGACAUUACAAUUUUGCCUUUGGUAGUGAAGCUCAAAAUGCAACUAUUCAUAUUCUUUGCACAAGAAUCACGUUAUUAGACGAUACGUGUAAAGAAUAUCUUAAUAUAAGUAACAGCAUAAUCAUGUAUGGUACAGAUGAACAAUCAACAGCUCAAGAAAAGGCUUAUGAAGAAGUAGAAGAAAAAUAUAUUCAACCACGUGCAAGGACUGAUUCCGCGAGUGAAAUCAAACGACUACUAGACACUACUGUCAGAGCAUUAGCAGUGUUAAAAUUGCCGACAAAUCAUUGGGAUCACAUUUUAGUUUAUAUGUUAAGCAACAAACUUAAUAAUGAAACAACAAAACAGUUAGAAUUAAAAGCUACAACGAGUACAUUCCGUACAUUCAAUGAGUUGAAGCAAUUUCUGGAGCAGAGAUAUCGUGCUCUAGAGAUUUCCAGAGAAGCUGAACAACUCCUACACUCCAUUGAAGUCAGUGAUGGUAAUUAUACAGAAGCAUGGAAGAUACUGCAAGAUAGAUAUGAAAAUGAACGACAGAUUAUUAACAGUCAUCUUAAGGCUCUUUUUCAACAGCCACGUGCAAGGACUGAUUCGGCGAGUGAAAUCAAACGACUGCUAGACACUACUGUAAAACAUGUCAGAGCAUUAGCAGUGUUAAAAUUGCCGACAGAUCAUUGGGAUCACAUUUUGGUUUAUACAUUAAGCAACAAACUCGAUGAUGAAACAAGAAAACAGUGGGAAUUAAAGGCUACAACGACUACAUUUCCUACAUUCAAUGAGUUGAAGCAAUUUCUGGAGCAGAGAUAUCGUGCUCUAGAGAUUUCCGUGAGCAAUAUGUGGAAACAAAGAACACAACAAAACAUAGGAAAACUAUCAAAUACACUCAAAGCUCAUAGUGUGACCGUUCUAAGUUGCCCAGUUUGCAAGGAGGCACAUCAUGUUUUUUACUGUCCAGCGUUCCAGAAACAGAACGUGAAAACUCGUAAGGUCACUAUCAAGAAUGCUGGACUCUGUUUUAACUGUUUUAAGGGUAAUCACUCAGUGAAAGACUGUAAAUCUACAUCUACAUGCAAGCAUUGUCGUAAGAAACAUAACACCAUGCUACAUGAAGACGAAUCUCCCGCUCAAGUUUCAGCAUCAAACGCAGCAUCUUCUUGUAUAACAGCGAAUUGCAACACUAGUGAAGUGAUUAUUACACACCACGCAUCUGAAACUCAACAAAAAACUGUCUUGUUAGCGACGGCAGUGAUCUUUCGAGUCUGUUUUCCUACUAUUGUUGAAGAGGAAACUCAAGAAAAAAGAAAGAUUCUGUCGGCAAAGAUAUGA